GACGGACAGGGCUAUAAUGCAUUGCAUCUGGCUGUUCACGCUGGUCAUCUCAUGAUGAUUGUACUGCUGAUCUCUCUUGGUGUUGACGUGGAUGCUUUGGAUUCUCUCCAACAUACUCCGCUCAUGUGGGCUGCUUACCAAGGAAAUUCCAUUGAAGGCUUAAUAGAGCUUAUUCGUGCAAAAGCACAGCUGGAUCUGGUUGAUUCCACUGGAUAUACGUCUCUUCAUUGGGCUGUAAGAUCUUUUGUCAUCACUAUUAUUGAUUGA